UUCGCCAACUGGAUACGUUUGGCAGAUGGUGAUUCCGUGAUGGAUUGAACAAAAAUAUUGAAAUAUAAACAGAAACCUACAAUUUUACGGCCUAAAAACGGUUCCCAAGUUACGAAAGCGUCUCACAAACUGUAGAUUUGGUGUUGUUCAUUUAUAAAAUGGCGUCAAGGGGAGGUGUUAUGGUUACGGGGACGAAUGGUGCGGAUUUCGAACAUAGGGAAAAAGUCGCAGCUCAGUAUCAAAUAAGUGCACUCAACAAGUCUCGUCUGAAAUACUGUGUGUUCUUCCACCACAUGCUGUUUAUGGUUAUGCUGGCCAAGCUCUCCGCAGAUAUCCUGGACAAACUUGACAUAUUCAUACUGGAAAUUGAGGAGCUCCAGAUACCCCAACCUCUCUGGUGGGAGUACUUCUGGUCCCUCUCUCUGGUGCUCUCCUUCCUCGGCCUGUCAGCGAUCAAGCGCAACAACAUCCGCUACAUGCGGCACUAUCUGUACGGCAUCACCGCGCUGGGCGUGAUCCCACUUCUGUACUGCGUGGUGUACUACUGCGGCGACGUGUACCAGUACCUCACUUUCGACGAGGACGAGGAUGAUGAGGAUGAGAUACAACUGUGGCAGGGUUACCCCUACGGCCUCCUGUGGUACGCGUUCGUGUUGCUGGCCUCGCAAGUGCACUUCUUCCAACUUUACUUUGGCUAUAACCUGCUGAAAGCGUGGCGGGCCAGAGGCACUUACAGAAAAACGGACUAAAUGACACGUAUUAAUAAGGUUCAUUUUCAAUUUUCAAUGGCGAUUCGGGUGAAUUGAAACUAAAUGAAAUUGAAGUUAGGUGGAUACCUUUUUUCUCCACUUCUCUAUGCUGAGCGAAGUUUAAAUGAAGUGUUUAUUUAUUUAUUGAAUAUAUUAUGAAAAUUAAGCUUAAUUUGCUAUACUGCGCGGAAAGCAGGAGAAUCUGUAUUUUUGAUUGUAAUACAUUGUAAAGUGAACAUCUCCUGAAGAUGCUCCGGUUCCGGAGCGAAACGUGCGUAGAGGGUGCAUUGCCGAAGAUCCGUUUGGUGUGGAGUGUAAGGUUUGAAGAAAUUAUAAAUUGUCGUUGUUUUCGUUCGAUACACCAUAAACGAUUUUUUUUAUAGUAUCUUUACAGGUAAAUUUAAUACGAGUACUUAAUUGUCGAUCGAAUUUUUAUUUUCUUAUGUAGAGAAAAGAGAAAACAACGUUUUAGUUUCAGUCCGCUCGAAUCGGCGCCAAUUUCCUGUUUUUAAGUGUGAAAUGAAAAAUAUGACAAAUGAGUAAGUUUUUUUUACUCGAUUUAUAUUUACUGUUGUCUGAAUACUCGUUCCUUGUUGUUUUUUACUGUAUGUUAUUAUGUACUGUUGUUUCUUUUUAAAUACAGUUUAUGUAAGAAAUUUUUCAUUUUUUUUUUAUUGUUUUGAUACUGAGGUGUAGAUUAUUAGUGAUUAAAAAACGUUAUUGUGACCGCUACGGAAAUGCGCUGUAGUUCAUUAUAAUUUAUCCUUUUGUCUGGUUAGGGGCUUCGGUCGUGGCUAGUUUACAACAAACAACGAAGAUCAGCUGUCAAUCGAUUUAGCGUUCUUGUACGAUGCCGUGUAGUAAUCGAUGGGGUACUGGCUUUAAUAGAACUGCCAUAUCUCUUUAACGAGAUAGUCGGCAUAACUUAUCACCAGGUGUGAUUGCAGACUACGGCUAACUUUAAAUGGAAUAAAUAAAUAAAUGUUAAUAAAUAUACUAAGACAACACACACAUCGCCUUAUUCGCCAUCUAGCCCGAAAGUAAGCGUAGCUUGUGUUAUGGGUACUGAGAUGACUGAUGAAUAUUUUUAUAAUAUACAUAAAUGCAUAAAUAGUUAGUUGUAGCAUUCACUCUGACAACUUCACGCCCAUAUAAAUAUAAAUGAAAAAGUGUGUUUGUUUGUUUGCUAAGUUUGGGCAUAAAGUAAGUACUUUAUGCCUUAACUUAGCAAGCAAUCACUUUAAUUUUUGGCAUAGUAUAUUUGGUAUAGUUGACAGCACGGAGUACUCUCCGUCUUGUCAACUAAUACCGUAGGCCCAGGAAAACCAACGAACCCCGCGGGAUUGUAAAUAACUGUAGUGAAGCGGACGGUGAACCCAGGCAACAGCUAUUUGGCUGAUAAAGUUAAUAUUCUGUAUUAAAAAAAUCUGUCUAUUUUAGAUAUAAAUGUUAUAGCUAUUUUAUUAUGUGUAUAGAGAUUACAUUUUAGGGGAAUAUUCGGCUAAUUUUCUAAGUAUAUUCAGUGUGGAAAGGAAAUAAAUUAUUUUGGUGUCCAUAAUUU